CAGCCGAACCACUCUCUCCAAGCAUUCAUCAGGACACAAACAGAUUAAAAAAAAAUUCACAAAAAGCGAAAGUCUUCGAAUCACAGAGAUUGUAUAUACCCUUUAGAUCCGUAAGAAGAAGAUGACAGUGAUCGAUAUUCUGACUAGAGUUGACUCCAUCUGUAAGAAGUACGACAAGUACGAUGUCGAUAAACAGCGAGAAGCCAAUGUCUCCGGGGAUGAUGCUUUCGCUCGUCUCUAUGGAGCUUUUGAGACCCAAAUCGAGACUGCUCUCGAGAAAGCUGAACUUGUUACUAAGGAGAAGAACAGAGCUUCUGCUGUUGCGAUGAACGCUGAGAUCAGAAGGACGAAGGCUAGAUUGUCUGAGGAAGUUCCCAAGUUGCAGAGACUUGCUCUUAAGCGGGUUAAGGGCCUUACAACAGAAGAGAUUGCUGCUAGAAAUGAUUUGGUACUUGCGCUUCCGGCAAGGAUUGAAGCCAUACCAGAUGGAACAGCUGGUGGUCCUAAAAGCACCAGUGCUUGGGCUCCCUCAACAGCAUCUCGUCCUGAUAUUAAAUUUGAUUCAGAUGGGCGUAGUUUUGAUGAUGAUUACUUUCAAGAAUCAAAUGAAUCUAGCCAAUUCAGACAGGAGUUUGAGAUGCGGAGAAUUAAACAGGACCAAGGUCUGGACAUGAUCUCCGAAGGUUUAGAUGCUUUGAAGAAUAUGGCGUCUGAUAUGAACGAGGAGCUGGAUCGGCAAGUUCCUCUGAUGGAUGAAAUCGACUCCAAGGUGGACAGAGCAACCUCAGAUCUUAAGAACACCAAUGUUAGACUUAAAGAUACUGUGAACCAGCUGAGGUCAAGCCGGAACUUCUGCAUCGAUAUUGUUUUGUUGUGUAUUGUUCUUGGUAUCGCUGCAUACUUAUACAAUGUACUGAAGUAAUGAGAUGGAACACGAAAGGACCGGACCCAUCAGUACUCUCUCUUGCCGUUGCUAUUACCGUUUCUUACCCGAGUCAAUGUGUGUGAGUGCUUGCUUCUUGCUGUCUUUGUGUGAUUCGACGAGUGUCAAGACUAUUGAAGUUGGUUAAUUCCUGCAAUUGAGUUAUUUCCAUGUUGUUCAUGUCCAUACAUGAUGAAUAUAAAUCUUACUAAGUUUACUAAAUUUAUGUAAUUAUUUUCACUCAUGUCCAUGUCGAUGUCUCGUCAAGCUUACUGUUUGGUCUGUGAGAAUAAAUAACUUUGAUAUUCAUGUUCCGAUAGAGCUUUUCC